AUGAAAGCUAUAAUCACGAACAGCUUGACACAACCGUCGCGUGCGGCGUUCUUUGUCAGUGGCCGGGUCUUCAAGAUGCUUUGGACAGAGCCUGCCGGCCAGAUCAAUCCUGGCAAGACUCGGAACUCAACACACUUCAGUACCGUACAAUAUGGGGAGACAGCUUUUAGUGAAAUACGCCGAUUCGUUGUCGUUCGCAACAAGGGUGACUUCAGCCAGUGCAUGUACGUAGAUCUCACAAGAUGUUUUGCCUUAAACCAAUCUGACAAGCUCAUUAGCCCGAUUCAAACUUACAGAGGUCGCGGCGCCGCAAAGCCAGGUCUGAGAAUGAGCGAUCACGGCAUCAUUCAUACUACGACAACCACACCCAAUCAGCUUCCAGGUGAGGCAUUGACGAAAUACUCAAUUCAAGUACAAUCGACCGAAGGUGAAUACCUUGAGGUGGAAAGCCGUGUCAACUACGGUAAGGCAUACGUUGUUGAGCACAAUGUUAAAGUUCUCGAUGUGGGAAUGGUGGUAGAAGGUCAUCGGUAUCUACUCAAGGAAUAUUUUGACGCUGCGAUGCAGGCACAAUAA